AUGGCUGUCCUGCUCCCGCUGUUGGUGGUCUUGCUACUCAAAGAGCCUGUUCACAGCUCAGGUGAUAGAUCAGCUAAGCUAGUGGGGGUGUGGAAGGACGUGGCCUCACUGUGGAGGAGAGGGGGAGUUUGGGACCCCCGCAGAGAGCAGGAGCCCCUGGCUGGGCCACAGGGUCGACGCAUCCAGACCGUGGUCAGCAACAUCAUGGACGGGCUUCACACCCUGGGCCUGCUCCCCAGGAAGAGCAUGAGCCUCCCGCCCCCCCUGUCCCCUCCCAGCAGCCCACUGGACCGGAACCGCCUCUCAGGCUUCCUCUACAACAUCUCUAUGUACCUACAGGGGAGCGGUGGGGAGCCCGAGGCUGGCGCAGGCCCGUUCCCCUCAGACCAGGCCAGGGAGCAGUUCUGGGGGAACAUGUUGUACUCCCUGCUCCAGCCAGAGGGGGGUGCGGGGCUGGACCCUACAGAAGAGAAGGUGCCCCCCAGGCCCAGCUUCAGGAUCCUAGAGCUCUUCCUGUCUCUGAGAGGCAGCCAGCACUGGGAUGGGCUGCUGGGCCUGGUCCAGACUGUGAUGAGCCUCUUUGAGAGGCAGCAGCUGCGCCCCCUGCUGGCCUUCCUCCGGCAGAACUGGGACACCAUCAGCGCCCUGCUGGAGACGGCGCUGCAGGCCCUGGUGAGCAGCACCUACGGGCAGGCCAGCGCCGGGCUGCAGGGCUUCCUGUGUGCCCUGAGUGGACACACAGACUGCGGCUUCAACCUGGACUGGCUGCAGCAGCUCUUCCGCUUCAUGGAGGCGCGGAACUGGAAGCCGGUCGUCAGCUUCCUCCCGGGAAUCGGCAGCAGCGGGGGCCCGCAGGGAGAUUCGCCCCCCUUCGAGCGCUUCAAGCCCUUCAGCGUGCUCCCGGGGGCCCUCAAGGGGGAUCCCUUGGCAAGCAGUCAAAGCCAGCCCGAUUCCAGGGGGCUGGGCUCCGUGCAGACGCUCCUCCUCCAGGCGCUCUCGCAGUCCAAUGAGGCGGAGAGGACGGAGCCUGUGGGGGAGCCUGACCCCGCCCUCUGGCAGCGGUUGGACGGGCUGCAGCAGGGACUGCUGCGCAGGGUGGGCAGCUCGGUGUAUGCCAGCCUGAAGAGGAAGGUUGCCAGGGUGACAGUGUCGCUGCUGGGGGAUGUCUCGGCCCUUGUGGGGGUUCCGAAGGCAGACCAUGAUGGGAAGUGCUCAGUAGGUGACUUAAGACAGCUGCUUCUGUGGGGGAUCAGAAACAACAUCACCUGGAAUGCCCAGGCUCUCGGCUUCACCUCACAGGGUCUUCCCAGCAGACCCCCCUUCAUGUCCUGCAGCCCAGCCGGGGAGGGGAGAGCGAGGAGGAGGGAAGCGAAGAGGGGGGCAGCGAGGAGGGAGUCCCGGCAGCACGGAGGAGCUGUGGGGAGACCCAGGGUCUUGAACCCAGAGGAGGAGGAGAGAGGAGAGGCUGAUUUCCCGCUCCCCACAGAGAUCCUGGAGGCAGCCUGUAACGAUUCGAUCCCCGGGCUCACCGGGGUGUCUAACUUCACGGUGUUCCUGUACUGUAACCUCUUCGAUGGGGGCGGCAGUGCCAGGGAACCUGAGGCGGGCCAGGCUGGGCUGGACCUGCGAGCCACCUGCUCCGACGCUGCCUGGUACCUCUCCGCAGCCGAGGACGACUUCCUGUGGGUGCAGGUGUGCAGCGAGUUCUUCACCAGCGAGUUCAACAACACCGUCUGUGCCAACUCCUCCUUCUGGCAGCAGCGCGCCCACAGCCAGGCCGCUGCAGUAAAGGAUUACUACACCUACAACCAGUCAAGCAUCGAUGAGCUUUGUGUCCAGCUGUCCGGCAAUGUUAGCGAACACUCGGGGACGGAGGCUAGCGAGGACUGCCUGACCCACCUCGGGGUGGGGGCUUUGAGUGUCCAGAACUUCAGGAGGUGCUUCCUGCCCAAUGACUCCGUGCUGAUCUGGGCGCUCUGUGGAAACGUGACCUUGCUGGAGGAAGGCAGCUGGGCGGCUAACUUCUGCUCCAAAAGCCGUCAGAAUUCCUCUCAUGUUAACGUGAUCAAGGAGACUUGUGACUACCGGAGCUGGCCGCCUGGCUCGUUUGGUAACGCCACGCUGCUGGAGCAGUGCCAGGGCGCAGAGGGGCUGAGGGAGCACAUCUGCCGAAACACAACCUUUUACCACCGCCUGGUGACCUCUCACCCUUGGCUCCUGGGCUACUGCGCCGACCCAGAAGCAAACCCGGAGGACGACAGGUGCUUCCUGCACAAGAUUUUCGACAUGCUCCCCGCCACCUAUGAUUUUGACUCCUCCCAGCUGUGCCAGAACCCGGCUCCCUACCUCCUGGACGCGCUGUACCAGCUGAGCCAGUGCGAGGGGGCCGUGGAGGAGCGUCACGGGUGGAUUGACAGUGUGAACUACGUGCUGCGCGUGGUCGACUUCAUCGUGGCCCUGAAAGAGGGGGAGAGGGAGGUGAGGCAGGUGCUGGGAGAGGCCAUCCUGCUCUCCAGUCUCCUUGACAACACCUCCUUCUGGGCCACCUUCCGCCCCAGCGCCUCUCUGAGCGUGCUCCAGACUGUGGGAGUGUUCCUGAAGACCGAGCAGAACCUCACCCUCAAAGAGGACCUGCUCAGCUGCUUCAGUCCUGUGCUCUGGGACCUGAUUCAGAGAGAACACAACUCGUCAGCUCUCAGAGUCCUCUUCCAGGAGUACCUGCAGAUGCCUCAGGACAACUUUCGCACACUGCUGAUGUCAGCCGAGAACGACGCUGUCAAGAGAUUUCUCUCCCAUAUGCAUCAAACCUGGGAUCAGCUGCAGGUGGUAACCCCUCAGGUUUCGCAGCAGGAUGAGCAGGCCAUGGAAACGAUGACCUCAGCCUUCAUCCACAAGUUUCCCCGCGUCACCCCUGACCUCUUUGUCGACCUCUCUCAGUUCAUCCCCUUCAUGUCCGUCUCUGACAUCAUGAGUUUCCCAGCCUCGUUAUUGGUCAACGACAGCGUUUUGACAGCGAUCCGAGAUCACAGUCCUGAAAUGAAGGCUUCACAGAAGCGGGCCUUCGUCAAGAGGCUGCUGCAGUCCCACUUGUUCGAGGAGGUCCCUUCAUGGCCACCAUACUUCCUGAGCUCCAUCCUGCCACUCCUACCACACCUGCCACUCUCCCACUUCCAGCAGCUCACAGCAGAGCAGCUGAACCCCCUAGUGGAAGUGCUGGGGAACAGCAGCCUGGACUCGACACGAGGACACCACCUCAUGCGCACAGUCUUCAACAAGAAGAGGAAUCUGACUGCGGACGAUGUGAAGAGGCUGGGGGCGCUGCUGUGCUCCGUGAACCCAGAGGAUCUGAGGCCCCUCCUGUCAGCCCGGCCCCUGCCCAGCCUACUGAGAGAGCGCCUGCUACAGUGCGUGUCUGAUGGGCUCACCAGCGCCACCGGCAGGCUCUCUCACUGGCUGCUCCUGGCUCUCCGACCCCUCAACGCCAGCGUCCUGACCACCCCAGAGCUGGCCUCUCUCCAUGGGAUCCUGCCCCAGCUCGGAGCUUCCUUCUUGCAGUCACUCCCCACACCGAGGCUCCUGGACGUCCUGGCGGACCCAGACCUUGCAGACUUUCCCCCUGCACAGGCCUUUCAGCUUUUGACAGAAAUAAUUCAGAAUACAAAUCUCAGCGUUGCCUCUCUGUGUCGCUUGCGCCCCCUGCGCUCUGGGCUCAGCCCCUCAGUGCUGCGGACCCUCUCUCCGCCCAGCCCAUGGGGCUCCUCUUGUGACUGCUGGAGAUCCCUGCUGUCCGAGCUCUCCCCAGCACAGAGAGCUGCAGCGCUGGACUCACUCCGGCCCUUGAUGAACGGUUCUCAGAGCUGGCCCCUUCAGAUGAGCUGCCUGGUUCCGUACGUGCCCCUGAAGGAGCUGGCACUGGACGGAGCAGCAGUCCUGAGAAACAGCGCCCUCUACAGGCACCUGCCUUGGUCAACGCAACAGGCUCAAUUCCUUCUCAGGAAAACCCUUCAGUCUUCCAAUCUUACCAAGGAAACAGUUAUGACCCUGGGGAACAUCGCUGGCGGGCUGGGCUGUGAUUGGCUGCGGCUUUGGGCCAAUGAUUCUGAUUUCACAGAGCUGCUCCGAUUCCUCAGCGACCUGCCAGGAGGGGUCCGGGCCAGUCUGAGAAAAUGUAUUAUUGAGGAAAUCCAGAAGAGACCAGUAAUAGAUCUUGACCAGCUGGCACCACAAUUCUCUGCAGACUUACCUGUAAGGAUGAUUGAGAGCCUGUCCAAUGCAACGCUGGCAUCCAUCCUAGAGCACAUCACCAAACACUUCCCUGAUUUCUUGAGGUUGCCGCCCCACAAGCAGAGCAUCCUGGCAGAGAAGGCCCGGCUCAUUCUGGUGAGUGUGUUCUCCCAGGGAGGGAUCUUGGGGGUCUCUAUGGACCUGCUGGGGCCCCUCCUCCCCUUCCUGGACCUGGGUGUGCUGGGGGUGCACCGCGAGGCCCUGCUGCUGCGCCUGGACGAGGUGAAGGGGUACUGCCUGCCGCGGGACGCCCUGCCAGAGAUUGGGCAGCUCCUGACAGAGAGGGGCAUGCUGGGAGAGACGUUAGGCUGGACACUGGCACAGAUGGAGCAUGCUGGGAGACUGCUGUUCACACUGUCUCCUCAGGAGAUACACAGACUGCCCACGGUUGUGGUGAGCCCUGACUCUGUGGAGCAGGUUCUGGAUGCUCAGCGGCGCUGGAAGGGCAGUGAGGUGGGCCGGGCCUGCAUGAGGAUGGACAGGGAGAGAGAAAAGAAGGAGAGUCUGGUCACUAGGGUCGUCCACAGAGGAGGGAAGAACAAGAAAGAUCCCAUUCCAAGCUGUGCGGAUAUCAAGGGGACGUUCCCAGCAGCCUGGAGCGCGGCUCAGCUGUCGGGAAUGUUGGAGCCGGAGCUGAGGGAGUGUGUGGAGACCCUAGGGCAGGACCGGGAGCUGAGCUCGGAGCAGCGCAGGGCAGUGUGGGCCAGGUUCAAACAGAUUUACGGCCCAAUCAAAACCAUGAGGGCCGAACAGAUCCUGCAGCUCGGCUGCAUAGUUACCCAGCUGAGUGAGAGGGAGCUGCAGGAGCUGGACCUGUCAAACCUGGGGAUUCUGGCUUACCUGGGAGGGAUGGAGGAAUGGAGCCCUAAACAGAUGAGAGUGACAGUGCUGCGCUUCCUGCGGGGCAGUGGCCAGACGGUCGAGGGCCUGGGUGUGACCGAGCUGGCCUCUCUCGGGUUCCUGCUCUGCGGAAUGUCCCCGUCUGAAAUGGGCAGACUCGAUCCCCGGACUCUCAGUGCGGCGUCCCUGUUCCUGGGUGAGCUGCCCCUGCGUUGCUCGGAGCUGCAGUCCGAGACUCUGGCCACACGGCUCAUGACCACAGAAGCCUUUGGACCGGUCAGCGAGUGGGGCCCAGAGGUCUUCACUGAAAUCGGGACCCUUGCAGCUGGUUUAUCGGACAUGGUGUUAUCCUCCCUGGUCAGAGAGCAGCUGGAGGGGCUGACCCCAGCAGCCAUUGCACUCAUCGCCCCUCGCAAACUGGCAGUGGUGUUGAGUACGGCUCAACUGUCCUGGAUGACCCCCGAGCAGGCAGGAGCGGUGACCCCUGCUCAGUGGGCGGAGCUCAGCAGUGAUCAGAGCCAGGCCGUUGCCAUGGCGCAGUACGAGGGAGAGCUAAUGCAGGACCCCCGGGGGAGGAGCUUGGCCCCCACACAACCCUCACCUGACAGCACUGCAGUGUGGCUCCUGGCUCUGGGCUCUGUUCUGUGUGCUCUGGUCUGAACUGGUUUGCAAGCACUUGGUGACUCUAUUCUGCUUUCAUCUUCUUUGCUUUUCUGGGGGUAGG